AUGCAAGCAGACGAAGCAGAAUUCGAAGGAGUAUCAAAUACAUUAGAUACUCCAUCAAUAAUGACACCAAAUAUUGUUCUGCCACUCCAGACAUACAAACCGUCAUUUCUUUCAAUGGAUUCCACACCUACAGCUGACAAUAAUAACACGAAUCAUAAACCGUCGAAUUUGUCUUCUAUGGAUACGAAGACAAACGGUGAAAUGCCAUUAACGUCGGCCGAUGUGAAAGUAUCGAGAAUCGAAGAUGAACUGAAGCAAAGUUUAAGUGAACCACGUAAGCCAACACCGUCGCCAUUUCAAAAAAUGUCAUCAACGCCCGUUUUCAACUUGGAUAAACCAGUUCCUGUCAUAGUUACCGAUGAUGGAAUAGCAGUUGAAGUACCAUCAACAGCAGAUGUUGUUAAAGAACUAGAAGCAUUGACAAAUGUAAAUCCGUUAACGCUUCAAGAGAAAUCAUUAACCAAUGAAUCAACUGAACGUGAAGCAAGUACAAUGAAUGGUGAUAAUAUUCGUUAUGAUUCUCCGCCAACAACAAAUAUGGGCAAUAUUGUCUCUCCGAAGAAGAAAUUCCUUAUUCGAAGUCAAUCCCAUACCGAGCCGACGUCAUCAAUACAGAAUAAUAAUAAUAUUAAUUCUCAAUCUCAAAAAAGUGAUAAUAGUAUUUCAAAUACACAAAAUGGUUUCGAUGACGAAAAUUCAAUGGAUGAUUCUAUGAAUAACACUUUUGCACGUAUACCAGAUCUACACACAGGAACACAUUCAAGUGACACUCAUGUGAAUAAUAAUCAUCAGUUCAAAUCUACCAUAGAUAAUUCCAAUGAUCCAAAUAUACAACUAAGAUUAGAUCAAAAUAGUUUAUCACAUUCGCUGAAUAAACAACAAACUAUUAUUAUGAACAGUAUUAACCAGAAUAAACGACCGUAUCCACAAGCUAAUCUUGGUACGGGUAAUCCGGCAAUGACAAAAACAGGUACAAUAAUCAUUCCACAGUCAUCAUUAAAUGAGGUGUCAUCAAGUGAUUUAUCAACGAAUGUGAAACGUCAAAGAACAGUUCCAAUACCAAUGAAUGCAACAAGUAUGAGUUUUCGUUCACCAUUUCUAUCCUCAUCAACAUCUGGUAAUGCAUCGCACGCAAUACCAUCGACAACAAACAAUUCGAAUACAAAUGUGGGUACAGAGGAUCAACGAAAGAAACAAAUUCGUGAUAGCAAUCGUGAAGCAGCACGCCGUUGUCGAGAACGUCGCCGGCAGUACAUUGAACAGCUCGAAGGAAACUUAGAACAGUAUAAAUUACAAAUAAAACAAUUGAGUGACAAAUUAGCACGUGUUGAACGCGAAAAUACUCAAUUACGAGCAAUUCUAUCUGAAACGAAAAUUCUCCAUCCAUCCUCACAUCUUGCCAUCAGUGACUCCCAUGUUGAAUAUACAAAUGUUAUUGCAGCGAAUUCGAUUGACCACAUUUCCGAUUCGAACCAUCACGCGGAGAGUGGAGUUAUUCAAAGGAACUAUAUUAAUAGAAAUAAUCUUUAG